AUGGAUAAAGUAAGGGUGUCGAAGAUUUUGUCUGAUAAAGUAAAUGAAAUUCUUACGUUGGAGGCUACUGAGAAAGAGAGGAUUUUCAACGAAUUCUUAGCUUCCACUGGCUUUGAUAACUCACGUUUUGGUAGUUCUAUUGACGAGAAAGUCGAUAUUCUCGCUCAAAGUAUGCAAAAACUUGAACAUUAUGACAGGAAACCCCAGAACCUUCGUCAGUCUUCAAUUUCCUUCAGAAACGGGGCCUCAUCUGUGAUAAAUCAAUCGAAUUUAUUGAGGAAUCUUAAUACAGAUUUCAAUUCUCUUGCUUCACGUCUUCAAGCAAUUUCAGGAUCUUUGAAAAAAAUUUCCAAGUUACCUCAGUUACUAGAUGAAGUUAAAGGUGUCGAGAUGGAGGUUCUAUUUGAUGCAGCUAAAAACUUUGAAUCCGAAAUUGAGAUGACAUCUCUCAAAAAGCCUCCUACUCUUCCUGAUUACUUCAAUCCAUCCUUAACGGAAAAUCUUCGUCUUGAUGUUUCAAAACUCCAAAUUCAGGUGGACAAACUACAGGAGGAUCUAAAACAAUUUGGAGAUAUUGGCACCGACUUAGAUAUUGCCAUUCAAGAUGUGAUGAAAUCAGAAGCAAUGCUUUCCCAAUUGCAAAAAGAGAACGACUUAGCUAGUGGAUUUUCUGGCUGGAAAUAA